CAGCCACUCGGUGCACAUGGAGCUCAAUGUGAUUUUGGAAAUAAAAAGCCCAAAAACACUGUCCAAUAUCGUAGCAUACCAGAAACGGAGGCGUGGUCGGAGCUAAAAGAAGCUGAAGACAUGGCCACCACAACAAAGUUGGUGUCGGUAGCUCUUUUCUGGGUCCUGAUUCUGUUCGGAACCCUAGCUAUCAUUCAGAAUAGAUUAAGCGAUGCCGGAGUCUCAUCUGAGGAAAGUGUUAUCAGAAGUCAGCCCCACGAGAAAAACAAGUUGGAGGAGGAUCUGGAGGAAGUGACCAUCAAAGUUUUCUUCGAUAUUAAAAUUGGUGAAAAACAUAUGGGUCGCAUAAUCAUAGGCCUCUUUGGUAAUACAGUUCCUAAAACUGCAGAAAACUUUCGAGCUCUUUGCACGGGGGAGAAAGGAAUUGGAAAGGGCAGGAAGCCUCUCCAUUACAAAGGGAGCACAUUCCAUAGAAUAAUUCCCAGCUUUAUGAUCCAGGGAGGUGAUUUUACUCUUGGUGAUGGGCGAGGUGGAGAGUCAAUCUAUGGUGCAAAGUUUGCCGAUGAGAACUUUAAACUAAAGCACACUGGGCCAGGAAAUCUGUCAAUGGCAAAUGCUGGGCCAGACACCAAUGGAUCGCAAUUUUUUAUUACGACUGUCAAAACUACGUGGUUGGAUGGGCGCCACGUUGUAUUUGGAAAGGUGCUUUCUGGGAUGGAUGUUGUCUACAAGAUUGAAGCAGAGGGAAGCGAGAGCGGCACGCCUAAACGCAGGGUUGUUAUUUCAGACAGUGGUGAACUUACUCAGUAGAUAUAUAGGCAUACGUUGCAUGUUACCAUAGUGUUAAACUGUUAAUUUUAAAGAAAAUUGCGCUUGCAUUUUAAUUUCUUUCGUUUCAUCUAUAGAUAUUCUUUACCCUGAUUCUUCGUUGCAAGCCAAGUCCUUUUUUUCAGUUCUCUAAAUUACCAUGUUACUUACAUUUUAA